UUUCCUGCCCGGUAAUAUUCUGGUACCAAUUCUUCUGGCAGUUCAAGAAGCUGAACCUCAGGGAACAGAAACGAUCUAAUCUGUCCCUUUUUUUCCCCUUACUUCUUCCCCCUCCUCAUUUCCUUCUCCUUUCUCGACAAUUCUCAAAAUUUACGGCUGCUACAUCUGCCCGUCACUCCCCAGCCUGGCGUCUACCGCCAGCCUAGGAUGGAAUUCCUUCUACGCAGGUGCACCCAGCACCAGGAAUAGGUUACAAACAGCCAGGCAAGUCAGACAUCAGAAUGGAAGGCAAGUGCUGCAGUUGGCCAGGACCACGGAUUGCAUCAGUGGCUUCUACAAGUCUUCUGGGGGUUACAUUUGUGGCUUUAAGUUCAAGUCGUAUUCUGUUGAUGAAACUCUCAGCUAAUGAAGAUAAUAAAUAUGAUUAUCUUCCUACAACUGUCAACAUAUGUUCAGAACUUGUGAAGUUGAUCUUUUGUGUAGCUGUGGCAAUCUGGGUUGUAAAGAAAGAGGACUAUCAGUGUAAAGAUUUUGGAUGUGCAUCUUGGAGAGAUCUCUGCCAUUAUGUGAAGUGGUCCAUUCCUGCCUUCCUUUAUUUUCUGGAUAAUCUGAUUGUCUUCUAUGUCCUGUCCUAUCUUCAGCCUGCCAUGGCUGUGCUUUUCUCAAAUUUUAGCAUUAUAACAACAGCUCUUCUAUUCAGGAUAGUGCUAAAGCGACAUCUCACCUGGAUACAGUGGGCUUCUCUGAUGAUUCUUUUUUUGUCAAUUGUUGCCCUGACUGGAGGGACUGAAAAUAUACACUUGGCAAGACAUAGAUUUCAUCACAAUGCAUUUCUCAGUUCAUCCAACUCUUGCUUCCUCCUCACAAGGCCACUAAGUGAGUGCCAUGGAAAAGACAAUUGUACAGCAAAGCAAUGGACUGUUCCUGAAGUGAAAUGGAAUACCACAGCUGGGACUUUCAGUCGUAUCCGCCUGGGCCUGGGUCAUAUACUUGUGGUGGUUCAGUGUUUUAUUUCUUCGAUGGCCAACAUCUAUAAUGAAAAGAUAUUGAAGGAAGGGGAUCAGCUCACUCAAAAUAUCUUCAUACAGAAUAGUAAACUCUAUGCCUUUGGAGUGAUUUUCAAUGGAUUGACCUUAAGCCUUCAGAUCAGUAACUAUGGCCAGAUGGAGAAUUGUGGAAUUUUUUAUGGCCACAAUGCAUUUUCAAUAGCGCUUAUUUUUGUCACUGCUCUCCAGGGUCUUUCAGUAGCCUUUAUUUUGAAAUUUCUGGAUAAUAUGUUCCAUGUUCUAAUGGCUCAAGUCACAACAGUGAUAAUCACUACAAUAUCUGUCCUAAUCUUUGACUUCAAACCAUCUUUGGAGUUCUUUCUGGAAGCCCCAACAGUCCUUCUUUCUAUAUUUAUUUAUAACUCUAGUAAAUCUAGAAGUCUGGAAUAUGCUUCUAUUCAAGAAAGGAUCAAAGAUCUAAGUGGCAAUCUCUGGGAACGAUCAAGUGGGGAUGGAGAAGAACUGGAACUUCUGACUAAACCUAGCAGUGACAAUGAAUCAGAAGAUGAUGCUUUCUAGCUGGGACCAAAAACAAAUGGCAAUUCUUAAGAAUUCGCUAUUAAUUUUUAAUGUUUUUCUUUUCAUUUACAACUUUUUAAUUUUUAAUUUUGCUAAGAAAUAUCAAAGGCUCAAGGAAAUAACUAUGGUAUUGAGGCACAGUUGAACUAGCCCCACACUUUAUAAUUUAAUGUGAAAUAUUUACAUAGUAUCUCAAGUUGCCAAAAAAUAUAGAGUAUACACUUUAACUACUCCUCUAAACUUAUAGGAAAAACUCAUGUCAGUCCAUCAAAGACCUGCAUUUUUAUUAGUAUAGCAGCUCCUUCCAUGAAUACAAAUCAUAAUCUGCUCUAGUUUAUAAUUUCAAAAUUUCCCAAAGUUCACAGAGUUUAUGAUUUGCAGUGAGUAGAUGCCUUAUCAAAAAUGAACCUCAUGGCUCUUUUGCUACUGAGGGACAAUUUAAGUCUUUAUUUUUCUCUUUAUGUAAUUUUAAAUAUUACCUUAAAUACCCUUAACCUUUUGAGAGUAGAGUUAUCUCUUUAUUUUUCUCUUAAGGGUCUUGAGAACCCUUAAUCAAAUUUUUGCUCUAAAAAAUGCAAAUUUCUGACUACUCAGAAGACUGUGGAAUUUGUGUAUUAUUUUUUUUCCUUUUGCCAAAAAAUUUCUUUUUUUUUUUUUUAAACCAAAUGUCCAAAUGUGAAUUUUAUGGAAUUCAUGAGCAAUAAGUUUUUGGUGAUUGUUCUGUAAACUUUUAAAGUGAACAACAAUUUAAAUCAGAGUAGAAUUUCCAGAUCACCAUAGUUGUUACUUUUACUCAAUAGUUUAUUCAUUGGAAAAAGCUGAACUUUUCUCUCUAUUAAAAAAUAUCAAGUUUGUUAUUUUUGAAUACAGUUAAAUUUCAGUGAAUAAUAUUUUUAUUAAUAUGUUUGUGAGUUUUUAAGCAGGAUGACUGAUGUGUGUGUGCGUCUGUAUCCUGUAUUACACUUUUUUUCUGAGAGAAAAUUAGAACAGUGUGAUUGUAGCUCUGAUCCCUGCAGUCCUCAAGUGAAGGACUUUGAAAACUAGUAUUGUUAUUGCACAGUUAGCAACUAAUUAUUUUAAAACAAAAAGACUUAAAAAUAAAACAUUUUAUAAUAAUCUGUA